AAGGAUAAAAAAUACAGAGAUAACAUGAAGUAGGGAGCAGACGACAAAAUACAGUCAGCGACGCGAGCGGCCAUUGGACGAAAGUUUGUGAGGUUGCGGUUUGGGAGCUCUAUUGGAGGAGUAACGCUGUGGGGUCUGUAGGAGGAGGAAGAGGAAGAGAGAGAGCCAAUUGUCGAGCUGCAGCAGUGCCACAGUAGUGAGCUUUGGGAUUGUUUGGGCUACUUUAGAAGAAACGAGUCGUGCACUGACCGCUGCAUUUUCAAAGAUAGCGUUUUCUUAUGUCACGACUGAUUAAUGAGCGUUAUAUGAACGGCAUUGGGCUGUUUUAAUCUCGCUAAACCGUGUGCUGACACAACACAGAUAUUAAAGGAGCAAAGUUCGCGUUAGUGACACAUUAGCCGACUAAGACACAGUGGAAAUGUGACCUGUUACGUUUUGCAGACACUCCAAAAUGGCGAAUAGUGCAGCAAAUGCAGCCUUAUCUCCUGUAGACUAGACUCGUGUCCGUUUCUGCACUGAAGUCUCAGCGUUUCCCAUCCUGACUCGUGAGGAAAGAUGGGGAGGCUCCGCGUGGCAGUGGUGGGCGCAGGAGCUGCAGGCCUGUGUGCGGCCCGACACAUUUUGUCUCGACCCAAUACGUUUGACCCCCCGGUGGUGUACGAGCUGACUGACCACGUGGGUGGUACGUGGUUCUAUGAGGAACGCGUGGGCACUUAUGACAAUGGCCUCCCUGUUCAAAGCAGCAUGUACAGAGACCUCAGAACCAACCUGCCUAAGGAGGUUAUGAUGUUCCCUGAUUUUCCCUUCGACUCCCACUUGCCCUCAUUUCUGUCCCACCAGGAUGUUCAGCAGUAUUUGGAGAGAUACUGCGAGAGUCAUGCCAUUACACCACAUAUAAAGUUCAACACCGUGGUGGAAGAGGUGAAGCCCAUCUCCAUGGAGACGGAGGAGGGGGGAGCUGUGACGUGGGAGGUAAUUUCGCGUGGCACGUACGGAGGGCACAGCACACAGACAUUCGACUCGGUGUUCAUCUGCAGUGGACAUUACUCUGUGCCCCACCUGCCCUCCAUUCCAGGAAUGGAGCAUUUUAAAGGAAAGGUGAUGCACAGCCACUCUUAUCGCUGCCCAGAACCGUUCGCCCAUCAAUCUGUUGUGGUUCUGGGUGCUGGAGCAUCUGGAGUUGAUAUCUCAUUCGAACUGGCUCAAGCUAAAGCUAAGGUGACCCUGAGCCAUAAUAAGCCAGCUCUGCAGUUCUCUUUGCCCCCGCAAAUCCAGCUGGUAGCCCCUGUGGUGAAGGUCUUGGAAGAUGGCUCUUUGCUGUUCCAGGAUGGAUCAGUGGCCCAAGCUCAAGUUCUUCUACUUUGUACUGGAUACAGUUACCACUUCCCAUUCCUCUGCCCCAAACAGCUUGGCCUGGAGGUAGAGCACCACCUGGUGGCUCCUCUGUACAAGUACCUUCUGCCUCCCACCUUCCCCUCACUCUUUUUUUUAGGCAUCUGCAAAAUGAUCUGCCCUUUUCCUCACUUUCAUUGUCAGGUCCUGUAUGCACUUGCAGUUCUUGAGGGCACAGUUCAGCUGCCUUCACGUGAAGUGAUGGAAGAAGAGGCUGAAAGAGAGAGAACGAGGAAGACACAGAUGGGUGUUCAAGCGAAACACCUUCUGAAAAUGGACUCCGAGCAGUGGGUUUACUACCAAGAUCUGGCGACUACAGCAGGAUUCUCACCUCCACAGCCGGUUAUACAGAGUCUUUAUGAAGAAGUAGGGAGACAGCGCCAGGCGAAGCCUCAGGCUUACAAACAAAUUAACUACAGACUUGUUGAUGCCACACAGUGGCAGCUUCUGGAAGCACCAUCUGUACCGACAGAUAAGGUCUAGUGUUAGUUGUAGGACCAAUGGAAAGUGAUUCUAGGACCUUGUUUCAGUACUUUUUGAACAUGCCCUCACCAACUUUGACUCACCACAUGGAAGUGCGUCAGAUCUACCUUAAAAAAGUGGCCCCACACAGUACAAAUGGAAGAGAAGAGCAAAUUUUGUUUUUUAAUUGGAAUGCACUUGCCUUCGACUAGGUUAGCAUUAAUGUGCUGAUCAGCUAGGUAUUUUUCGAACAUAUCAUAAAAAAAAACGAUAAAUACUUGUUAACCAUAUAGGCUUUAGCUAUAAGUAGCAGAUAAGUUGUAUUAACAGUCAGGGGUCUCAGGAGUAGUUUGCAACCUAAAGCCAAGCAAAUCAAAUGUUAUGCUUUUGAAAUCUUAAGCAUUUUAGCAUACUGUACUGCUAUAGCUUGUAAACAGCUUUGUCUGCCUUUAUUUUUGAUUUGAGAAGGAAGGUGCAUCCGGUCUCAGUGACUUCUGGGCAAGUUCUCCUGCAAAGCUGACAAUCAUGUUCACCCCCCCCCCACCUCCCCCCCGGGGGGCUCAACUAAUAAAAUUACACUUGAGCUAAUAGAGUAAUGGAACAGCUCUUAAGAUGGCAUCAGGGACUCCUUUGAGGGGAAAUGGUGAGGCAAAGAGGACAAGGGCUUGUUAAAAACAGUAUUGAAACAGGCAGUAGCUGUUCAAUCGAUGUUACUAACUUUGUCCUGACCUUUCCAGUAUCCACUGGAUUAUAGUCUGCUUUUUUAGAGGUGCUGUCACAUUAAACGUGACAUUUAACAUUCUAAAUUGUACCAAGAAGUACACUACCACAAGGAAGAAAACCAUGAAUAAGAUGAAUAGUAAAUGUCUCUGCAAAUCCCACAAGAAUAGGUGCAUAGUUCAGUAAAGAUAAUUCUUUUACUGAUGCAAACGAAUAGGACACUAAAACAGUGCAUAAAUUACAAGAGUCUUAACAUUAUUAAUGCAAAUGGAUUGUAAUAUUCUGAAUGGAGUCUUGCACAUUUCUGCAAAUGAGCCUAAUCACUUGUGUGUUUUUUUUUACGAAAAAGAAAAAAAUCUAUAAUAAUAGUAUUAGAAACUAUACAAUUUCCAUAGUGCUACUUGUAUAGUAAUCUCUAAAAUAUUUUCACCUUCUAUAAUACUCAGUUCAUAAAAUUCCAUCCCUGCUAGAUCUGCCCUGUAAGUGCUAUUAUUGUGCAUUGGAAACAUCUAGGAGCAACAGCUCAGCCACAAAGUGGUAGGCACAGAGGGGGUGCUGCCAAGUGCUGAAGCACAUAGUGAGUAAAAAUCACUUAUCCUCGGUUACAUCACUUACUACAGAGUUCCAAACUGCCUCUAAUAUCAGCAUAAGGUCUGUGUGUCGGAGGCUUUAUGACACACAAGCCUAAAAUCACUAUGCACAAUGCCAAGUGUCAGCUGGUGUGGUGUAAAGCACAUCGCCUCUGGACUCUGGAGCAGUAGAAACACAUUCUCUAGAGUGAUGGACCACGCUUCACUAUCUGGCAGCCUGACGGACAAAUCUGGGUUUGGUUAAUGAUAGGAGAACACCAUGAAUCAGAAUGCAUAUUCUGCUACAGCAUGCAGACACAUUGUAGACAAUUAUAUGAUUCCAGCUUUGUGGCAAUAGUUUGGGGAAGACCAAUGCCCCAUGCACAGAGCAAGUUCACAAAGACAUGGUUUGACGAGUUUGGUGUGGAGGAACUCCAAUGGUCUGCACAGACCCCUGACCUCAUCCCCACUGAACACCUUUGGGAUCAGUUGGAACAUGGAUUGGGAGCCAUGUCAUCUUGUCUAACAUCAGUGCCUGACAAAUGCUCUUUUGACUAAAUGGGUGCAAAUUUGCACAGAUACACUCCAAAAUCUUAUAAAAAGCCUUCUCAAUUGAGCAGAGGUUACAGACACAAACAGGGGCUAACCCCAUAUUAAUCCCCAUGGUUUUUGGAAUAGAAAGUCAUAUGGAAAAGAAGGUCAUAUGGGGUGUGGUCAGUUGUCCACAUACUUUUGAUCAUGUAGUGUAUCUUAAGUCUGUAUUACUUGUGUAGUAUCUUGGGAUAAACUACAGUAGUCUUCCAAACUACUAAGCUUCUAGGAAUGCUGUAGAAAUUCCUGUAGUAUUACUAUAGAUCUUUUUCAUAAGGGUCAUUUUAUAUGUAUUUACACUUAAUGAUUUGGGAUUAGCUAAGAAACCAAUACAGAAUAAAAACACAGAAAUUAAUGUUAUGUGCAUUAAUUCAAUUCAGCUACUUUGUCUGGUCUCAGGCUGAGCAUCGUAAGGCCAGGAAACACUAAACGCUAGAAGCAGUAUAAGCAGUUGCUUAGGGCCCCUGAGCCACCAUGGGGCCCUGGAUAUGUAGUUUUUACAAAUUAUAUUUAAAAAGCUAUUUAUCUGUGCAAUUAGCAUUAUAUUGGUCCCAAAAAACACUUAUGUCCAAAUAAAUACAAAAAACAUUGAUACAAUAAAUUGUGAUUUAACAAUUGUAUGCAAAAGCUCAGGUGCUCCUGGUAAAAUUACGUUUUGUUGAUUUUCUGACUGAAAAUAAGUACACAUCCUCCACAGAGAGCACACUUCAGCACAUUUUAGGAGCACAAUUACUGAUUAUUUGCUGACUUUAACAUAUUGGGGGGGGACGGGCAUAAAAUGUGGUCUGUGCAAAAGUUAUGGCACAUUUUAAAUAUAAUGUUUUUUUCAGUAUGUUAAACUAAUCAAAUAAAAAUAAAUUGUGCUGUAUUUAAGUUUGUGCCCUGUAGAGCAGCAGUGCUCAUGGAGUUAUUGAGUUAAACCGCCAGAUGCCCCUAAAAAACUUCAAUAUCUGGAUCAGGUGUGUUAGUUUAGGGUUGGAGCUAAGCUCUACAGGGUGGUAGAUCUCCAGGACCAGGAUUGGGCCCUCUUGCUGUAGAGGAUGUGUUAUUUUAUUUUCACUUAGAAAAUCAACAAAACAUUUGAUGAAGAAUAUUCACACUUUUGCAUACAACUGUAUGUAUGUCAGUGUAUUCAUGUAACCGCUUUCGAGCAUUUCCUCGAGGAAGUUAUUGUUUUAUUAUUUUAUUAUUACCAUCCAGCACCUGGUUUAGCUAAUCUUCAUUACAUUCAAUCAGAUGUGCUGCUGAUGGAUUUGAACAGAUCCAUGCGAUGACUGAGGGCAUUGAGGAGAAAUCAGGAAUCAAACCAGACUCUGUUCUUCUAAUCACUACAUAUAAACUACUUUUUGAAAAUGA